AUGUAUCAGCCAAUCCGCUGGACCCAUGCCAAAAAUGCAACUACUCACCCUGGUCAGAUUGUCCUUGAUGCCCAGCCGAAGCGCCAGACCCGGGCAGAGAAGACAGCUGAUGACCAGCAUCUCCAAGCAGCUCAGGAUGCCAAAGAAGCGCUAGCUAAUGAGAUGGAAGAAGCCCAGGUCCAGUCAAUGACGAAGAAGCCAAAGGCUGUCAGGCCUAGGCCAUGUGCUAUACCUAAGAAGACACAAGUAAGCAAAGAAGAUGAAUCGGCUCCAGAGAAGGCUGGCGAUAGCAGCAAAGCAGCAGUUCUCAGGUCGACAGAGGACGGUGAUUUAUUUGAUGAAGGCCUACCAAUCAAUGAGGACCUGGAAGAUGAUGAGACAAAGAAGAAGAAGAAAGGAUGGAAGAACACACCACAAUCACUCAAGGCUGCCAUCAACAAUGCUUCCAACAACUUGUUAGGGGCUGUCAUUGCCGGUCACAAUCAGCCACGUGCACAAAACCUGAACGAGAAAGGCAACUCCUUACCACUGGCAAAGUCGACUUUGGGUGGCCGUAUUCAGAAUUGGAGGUCAACUGUCCCUGGAUCACAAAAGUCCAAGUUGGUCAGUCCAGGUGGUUCCCAGCUCGCUCCACUGACUACCGCCAGUCAACCUCCACCUUCCACCAUCUUUUCAAAGUCUCAGAUAUCUCACACGUCAAAUGCUACUUCUUUAAGCUCAAAUGCACAUGAGAUUUCAAAACCACUGGUGCCUAUCAUUACAAGUAUGUCCGAUGUCUCUGAAGACACAGAUGAUCUGGUUGGAGGGUUUGGAGAGGACCUUGAUGAUUGGCAGGAACAUGAUGUGGCGGUAUCUGCUAAGGGCAAGUCUAUGGUUGAAAUGAGGCCGGUCGCAGAUCCUGAACUUGUUCCCCCACCUCUGGCUCAAAGGCCCAGUGGUCGAGUCACCUCUGGAAUGAAGAGAAAGCUCGAUCUGCUCCACUUCUCUUCAGAUGACGAUUUAUUAACUCCCAAAAAAGACGAGAUAGAGGAGCUGGAGAUAGAGGACUCGGAGCUGGAGAUCAAGGGGCUGGAGACAGAUGAGCAAGCAAUGGAGGUUGAUGAAAUAGAGACUUGGACAGAGGUUGUGAGGAAGCCAGUUGCAGGCAAGAUACAGCAGGCUACUAUGACAGUGAAAGCUCCACCACGUACCACAGCUUCAGCACUAGUCUCCCUGUUUAUAUUCUUCACUACUCAGGCUAACUUUGGUGUAGACAUCCAUUGGUACCACAUCUCAGGUCAAGGCGCCACCAUCCUCAAAGAAAGCAAGGAUCGAGAACACACCUGUUGUGACCAAGAUAAUAAAUGGGCCAGGGAAUUUUUACCAACAGUGAUUCUCUGGCUUGGUGCUCAAGACGAGCUUUGGGCAGUCUCAGAUCCAAACCUUCUCCACGCAUGUCAGGAAAUCUUCAAGGUUGUCUAUCCGAACAUUCGGUACCAGGUUGUGAUGUCUGGUUCAGUUUUUGGUGUUGUCACCCAGCGCAUCAGUGAAUGA